AUGAUGAAGUCGGUCGGCGCUGCGUCUGCCCCUUUAGAGAAGCGCCGCACAGGCAAGGGCAAGGGGGGCAAGGGCGCUGGAGGAGCUGGCGAGGGCGGUGGAGGCGGCGGUGGAGGCGGCGGAGUGAGUGGGGGUGGGAGUGGGAGUGGUGGAGGGGGUGGAGGUGCCGGUGGCAGCAGUGGAGGCGGAGGCGGCGGCGGUGGUGGCGGAGGGAGCGGAGGAGGCGGUGGUGGCGGAGGCGGCGGAGGUGGCGGAGGCGGCGGAGGUGGCGGUGGAGCUGGUCGCGGUUCUGCGCAGAGGAUUGGCUCCGGUGGUGGUCCGCGCCAGCAGCAGUAG